UUGAUCUCCGACGGCGACGAUUCUAAUUUACAGUUGAACUUAACUGACACGUCUCCCUCAUUCAUUUCGACACCUUUAAUUAAGAUUUCGAUGCUUUUUUUCCUUUCCCAUCACUCUGAUCGCCAUAAACCUUCUUCAAACUCAGAAAGCCUCUUUUUUUAGCCUCACUUCUCAUUUUCCUCAUCUGGGUCUUCAACCUUUUCGAUCAUUCACACUUUGCAUUAAUUGUACUUUGAAUUUCAGUUUUUCCCGUUAAUUUUGAUCUUCUUCCCUUUCAGUUUUUCUCAUUAAGCGUUGGGAGGAAGAAGAAGAAGAAGAAGAAGAAGAUGAUGGGUGCAAAGCUGGGUCUUUUGUUGUGUGUUUGUGUUUUGCUGUUGGGGUGUUGUGUCGGUAGAUUUGUGGUGGAGAAGAACAGUUUGAAGGUGACUUCGCCCAAGUCGUUGAAGGGUACAUAUGAAUGUGCAAUUGGGAAUUUUGGGGUUCCCAAGUAUGGAGGAACAUUGGUUGGUUCCGUUUUGUACCCGAAGGUGAAUCAGAAAGGGUGCACGAACUUCAGUGAUGUCAAUUUUCAGUCCAAGCCAGGAGGGCUUCCCACUUUUCUUCUUGUUGAUCGUGGAGAUUGCUACUUCACUUUGAAGGCGUGGAAUGCACAGAAUGGUGGAGCAGCGGCUAUUCUUGUAGCUGAUGACAAGGCAGAAACAUUGAUCACUAUGGACACUCCUGAAGAAGGGAAAGCAAAUGAUGAUUAUGUGGACAAGAUUAGUAUUCCUUCUGCUCUUAUCAGCAAAUCCCUGGGGGAUAGUAUCAAGCAGGCUCUCUCUGAUGGGGAGAUGGUUAACAUAAAUCUGGAUUGGAGAGAGUCUCUUCCGCAUCCUGAUGAUAGAGUUGAGUACGAGCUAUGGACCAAUAGCAACGAUGAGUGUGGGCCAAAGUGUGACAGUCUAAUUAAUUUUCUGAAGGACUUUAAAGGGCUAGCUCAGCAGCUGGAGAAGAGAGGGUUCACUCAAUUUACCCCUCGCUAUAUAACUUGGUUUUGUCCUGAAGCAUUUCUCUUGAGCAAACAGUGCAAAUCUCAGUGCAUAAACAAUGGAAGGUACUGUGCUCCUGAUCCUGAGCAAGAUUUCAGUAGAGGGUAUGAUGGUAAAGAUGUUGUUGUUCAAAACUUACGCCAAGCUUGCUUCUAUAAAGUGGCAAAUGAAAGUGGAAAGCCUUGGCAAUGGUGGGACUAUGUUACCGACUUUUCAAUCCGUUGCCCCAUGAAAGAGAAUAAGUACACAGAAGAAUGUUCAGAUCAAGUUAUUAAAUCUCUUGGUGUUGACCUGAAGAAGAUUAAAGACUGCGUUGGAGAUCCCCACGCAGAUAUAGAAAAUCCUGUCCUAAAGGCUGAACAGGAUGCACAGAUUGGUAAAGGCUCUCGUGGUGAUGUUACUAUACUGCCUACUCUUGUUAUAAACAACAGACAGUAUAGAGGUAAGUUGUCAAGACCUGCUGUUCUCAAGGCAAUCUGUUCAGGCUUCCUAGAGACCACUGAACCAUCAAUUUGCUUAACUUCAGACCUCGAAACAAAUGAGUGUUUGGAAAACAAUGGUGGUUGUUGGCAGGACAAAUCUUCUAACAUUACUGCAUGCAGGGACACUUUCCGAGGAAGAGUAUGUGAAUGCCCAAUUGUUCAAAAUGUGAAAUUUGUUGGAGAUGGAUAUACCCACUGUGAAGCUUCAGGAUCCUUGAGUUGUCAAUUCAACAAUGGUGGUUGUUGGAAGGGAGUACAAGGUGGCAGGGCUUACUCGGCUUGUCUUGAUGACUAUAGAAAAGGUUGUACAUGUCCACCUGGGUUCAGAGGAGAUGGAGUUCAGUCAUGUGAAGAUAUUGAUGAGUGCAAAGAGAAAACAGCCUGUCAAUGCCCAGGUUGCAAAUGCAAAAACACCUGGGGAAGUUACGAGUGCAAAUGCAAAAGUGGUUUGUUCUACUCGCGAGAAAAUGACACGUGUUUCGGUGAAUAUUCUGCUUCAGUGCUGAAUAUCUGGGUGAUUAUCCUCGUAUUGGUUGUUGCUGUUGCGGGAGGAUAUGCAUUUUACAAGUACAGAAUCCAGAGAUAUAUGGAUUCGGAGAUACGUGCAAUUAUGGCUCAGUACAUGCCUUUGGAUAAUCAACCUGAGGUCUCUAAUCAAGUUCAUCACAAUAUCUAGAAUGAUCUCUACAGCUAAAUGGAGAUAAAUGAUAAUCAUCAGCAUGCUCAGUUUGCUGAUAAAAAAAAAAAAAAAAAAUCAGCAUGCUCAGUUUAUAUUAUCAUCCUCUUCCUCUCGUAGGGGGUUUUUAUUUUAUUUUUUCCUUUGUUAGUAUUAUUUAGCUUUAUAAAUUUUAACCCAAAGUGGUCGUGACAUUAUCUUCUACAUAUAUUUAUGAUCCUUUUCUCCUGUUUCGGCUUCUAGAAGUUGCACCUUAUUCUGUUCGUUACAUUAUACUUGGCAUGGAAAGGGUAGGUAUGAAUUAUGAUA